AAGAACUCUGGUUUAAAGCUUCAGAUUUAUAGGACAAACUGUUACUAGCUCUAUUGAUAGCUAGCUAGGUUGCACAGCUCGAAGAAAUUUAGUCUGCACUCGUCAAUCAGAUCAACCAUGACUCAAUUGUAUGUUGGCAAUCUAUCUACAGAAGGAGACGAAAAGAGCAUCAAAUCAUUAUUUGGACGGUAUGGGACUGUUAGAGAAGUACUCAUGAAGAAUGGCUAUGCAUUUGUGGAGCUUGACAAUCCAGUGUCUGCAGAUGAGGCCAUGAGAGAACUGAAUGGCUCGGACAUUCUAGGUCACCCCAUGAUAGUGGAACCAGCUCAUCAGCAAAGACCUAGUGCCAGACGCAAGUCUCCGUGUGGCAGAGUAGAGGUGACCGAGAUACCCCCUCAUCUGACGGUGCAGAAUCUGGAAGGAAUGUUCACUCAACUAGGACAAGUGCACAAGAUGGAGAUAGAAGAAGGAGAGUAUGGCAUUCGCAAGGUUGUCAUUACCUAUGAGACGCAGGAACAAGCUCAAAAAGCUGCUGGCUACUUUGGUGAAGGCAUUAGUGAUCACUCUCCAAGGGUGACGUACGUAGACGGUGGUGUCACGACAAUGCGAACCAUCUCCCCCGCCAACACCACCAUGCGUAAAGGAUCCCCCGGCCUCUCCAACUCACCCUCCAAGAACUCUGACUUCCCACUGAGGAUCCUGGUCCCCAACGAGAUGGUGGGAGCGAUCAUCGGCAAGGACGGGGCGACCAUCCGCCUGAUCACACAGCUGACAAAAGCGCGAGUGGACGUUCAUCGCCGAGAGAGCCUUGGUACCACGGAGAAGGUAUGGGCCGUGACGAUCAUUGGUCCCCCAGAGUGCUGCACUGAGGCAUGCCAUCACAUGAUGAAGAUAAUGCAGCACGAGCUCUUAGUAACCAGCGGAGUCCUUGACACCGGAAGGAUCCACGAUCCACUGCCUGUGGUGCCCCUCAAGGUACUGGCUCACAACGAGCUGAUUGGUCGCGUUAUCGGAAAGGGAGGCAACACUCUGAAGCGUAUCAUGGCAGAGUCGGGCACAAAGAUCACCAUCUCCAAACUGAAAGAGCUGACAGCCUUCAACAUGGAGCGUACCAUCACCAUUCUGGGUACCAUUGACAACUGUAAGAAGGCAGAGUCUCUGAUCAGCGCUAAACUGAGGGCCUCCUACGAGAGUGACAUGGCUCAGUUCAUACCAGCCAGCGAGCAAGGAUCCAUGUUCAACAGCCCCUCCCCCACUAAUGCUGCCACGCCCCCUAUGGGCGGUCCCAUGCCAAUGUCCUCUGAGAUCAACCACCUCAACCACCCCCAGUCACUUCCUGCCACACCCACUGCCACUAACGUCCGCACCUUCACGGAUUUCUCGGGCGAGCACACACGUCUGACUACCCUCCACGGAUCAACAGGCGCCCUCGAGGUAAACAAUCUCGGUGGAUUCAAACUUGGACCUAUGCCUCAGUCGAUGAAUGGCGGAAAUUCCGAGCGAAAGUACACACUUGAGUCUUCCAUCGAUGGAAUGGUGCAUGGAAACGGAACUGCUGGGAUGAACGAAAUGGGACAACCCGGAAUGAAUGGAUACAACGUCACCAACACGAUGGGGAUGAACGGUCACAUGACCAACGGCGGACGUGCCGAAUACACUCCUCUCAUUUCAAAACCGUCUGGAGAACCUCCACUCAUCACGAGCAGUGGGCACCGCCCCUUCAACGACAUGCACCCCACCCCCCACUCCGCAGGUCCUCUGGGUACUGUCUCGGGAAAUUUCUGCUUCAACACCGACUACGAUGACGAAAUCUCCGACGUUUUCAGCGGCCUUUCGUUCAAAGAGCCCUCUCUUGCUGCCCCCGGCUUUGGUCGCUCCAGGCUUCGUAGAAGCAGUGCCCCCGUGGGAAACAACGGGUACGCCAACGGAGGUCCGAUGAACGGGUACGGACUAUGGAGCAACUCGUUGAGCGAGCAACCUCUGCCAGAAGGUCCUGAAGAAGCUGCUAUACCACCACCACCGCCAGCUGUUCUUCGUUCCAACUCUAUGUUCCAGACGUCCUCCAACCACAGCAAUGGACCAAUGCCCAAUGGAAGCUACAACAACGGAGGGGGAUGGGUCAGCGGGAUUAUGGGCGGACUUGGAGGCGGGGCUCCACCACCACCACCGCCCCCUGCACAACAACAACAGCAGCAGCAGCAACCGACUUCGAACAUCUGGUUCGGUAAUUCUGACAGCGUUACGAGUGGCUACUCUUCGUCUGAGGCCAGCUCCCUCUCUGGAUUCAGCCCCAUCUACUCUCCCACUGCCUCUACCGGGUUUGGGUUCACCCCUGUCAGCCGUAACUCUCCGACCUCCUCCACUGGGUUCGGGUUCAUACCGAGUAGCCGCAAUUCUCCCGUGACGAUGGUGCCAUCGACUGGUGUCGGCAUGACGUUCAGCAACUCUGCGUAUAUGGACGAGAGGGACUCCAUCAGAUCACCUUUCAAGGCAUCCAUCCCCACCCCCCUCACCACGGUAACAGAGUUCUGCUCAACCACGACCUUCUCAACUGCUUACGGUGCACAAGAAGGAGAAGAGGAGGACCUUUUCAAGAGCAUCGCCUCCGCCACCCUCGGGGAGGCACACCUGCCCACCCUCACUGCCGGUGGUCAGAAGUGGUAAAGCAACCACAAACAAACUUUCUCUUUCAAGACAUUUGUCCGACUCUUCAUUCACCCAUUCACUUUGCAACCAUGUUUCGUACUCGUCAGGGAACAAAUUUUUCACAGCUCUGAAAUUCAAUCAAAAUCACUACCACACCAAACAAGCAUUUUUGUAAUCUUCAUUUCCAGCUGUUAAAGUGUAUAAGUUAAAAUUUCCCUCAAUUUUCCUUCCUUUCAUUUAUCAUUGUUCAGCAUAAUUAUUAUUUGUAGCAGCAGGUCUCAGUUCCAAUCGAUUGCCACUCUCUUAAUCUACUGUUAGUUCAGGCUUGCCCAACCCAGCAGCCAGCAUUAAUGUGUGUGUGCGUGUGCAGUGUGACCUUCAUUAAGCGUGUCACUUAAUAAUUAAUUAUUCGUUCGUAUUUACUGCCCAUUUUUCAGUUCUCUAGUAGCUGUUUGUCACAAAAACACAUCAUUUCAUAUCAUAAUCAACACUUGCGAUGUACGUACGCAUUCUCACUAUGUAUCGACACCAGUUCUCACAGGUAACAAAGAACGAAACAAACAAUCCAUUCACAAUCUGCGGCCGCUACGUUUGUCCAUCAUCCGUCAAAUUUCGGUUACCAUAUCAACUCAUAUAUAUAUAGUGAAGUCAUGCAGUUUCAUUCAUUCUACUCCCGAGUUAUUUGUCACAGCUAUGUCGUGAUCUCAGCUGCACUUACAUAUAUACGACCAUCCAUCAUCCCUUUAUAAACCACACAACACAAGAAUUCAAGAAAAUAGAUAAGAAAAAAAACAGUUUCGAAUACACUGUAUAGCCUCAGGAGUACACAUGAUUGUGUGUUCUUUCAACUUCCAAUUGAGAGAGCGAGAUUUUGUACACUUCUCAUUUUAGCGUUUCUAUUAUGUACUUAUUAAUUUUGUUGCUCCAUUUCCAGACCCAAUGUGUAACCAUAGCAACUUCGAUCCCCAAUGGUCAUUCUAACGAUUAUUUUGAGUUUUGUGAGUGUUUGAUGAUUUCAUAUUUAUCAAGAUUUCAAAAA